AUGGUGUCCCUCUUCUCUGGCCGUGUCUUGAUCAGAAACAACAGCAAGCAGGAUAAGUUGGAGACUGAGGCCAAGUUGAGCCACAGGCUGGAGAACUGGCUAGUGCUGCUGUUUUUCGGCCCCAGGUGCCAGGCCUCUGCACCCACCCUCAAAGACUUCUUCUUGCAGCUCACAGACCAGUUCUACGUGCUUCGGGCUGUGCAGCUGGCCCUAAUCUGCGUGUCCCAGGACCCUACAGAGGAGCAACAGGACCUGUUCCUCAGAGACAAGCCAGACUAGUGGUUUUUCCUGCCAUUCCAGGAUGACCUGAGGAGGGACCUCGGGCGCCGGUUCUCUGUGCACCGCCUGCCUGCGGUUGUGGUGCUCAAGCCUGGAGGAGACGUGGUGACGCGCGAUGCGGCGGAUGAGGUCCUACGCCUGGGCCCCGCCUGCUUCGCCAACUGGCAGGAGGCGUCCGAGCUGCUGGACCGCAGCUUCCUGCAGCCGGAGGACCUGUCGGCUCACCGGAGCCUCACCGAGCCGCUGCGGCGCCGCAGGUACCUAGUGGAGAAGGAACAGCCCGGCACGCGAGCCGCGGGCGACCAGCGGGGCGGGGUCAGCGAGAGGGCGGGGCUCUUCUGGCCCUCCCCCCCAGCCUACUGA